GAAAAUCCACCUACGUUGUGAGUUUGAUUCCGAUGUUUAAUUACAUGUGAUAUUUCAUAAAAUAACUUUGUUUUGUACCAUACUACUUACGGGAAAAUACGUGCAACCCUACCUCUCGUGUUGUGCUCAUUAGUCUUUUAUCUAUACGACUGAAGUUGCAACCGGUUGUAACAUACUUUUAAAUUAUUUAUUAGCUACUCUAAAUUUCUGUUAUUUUGACACCGCUCAUACAACAGACUUUUAUUACUAAUAAUAAAAUUGUCAGUUUCUACGGUAGAAUUAAAAUAACAAUCUUUUCACCUUUAGACUAAUACUUCACGUUAUAUAUUGGCUAGUAUACUAGUAAAUAUAAAUAAAAAUCACGACAAAUUAUUAAAUUCUGCGUUGUACCGUUCAACUAAUCAUGUUCCAGAGAUUAUUUACACCCCUUAUUUUGCCAAAAACAGCAUAUUUGCCAAAAUGUUGCCGAAGUGUUAGUUAUGUUCAAGGACAGGAACCAGAGCCGAAAAUCAGAGAAUACUUUUAUUAUAUUGAUCAUCAAGGGAUGCUAUUUUUAGAUGAUUCAAAGAUGAAAAACUUUACGUCGUGUUUUAAAGAAAAGAAGUUUCUAGAGUUCUUUUUCAAGAGAAUCCGCAUGAAUACGACUGGAAGAUAUCAAGAAGACUUUCCUUUCCUCUCAUUGUGUGGCAGAGAGCGAAAUUUUAUCCGUUGUGACGAUGUCCCUAUUGUUUAUACACAUGUAAUAAAAGUCGACAACACAGAUUUUUUAAGUUUUGGGUAUGCAGGAGAUCUGUUAAAAGCUAAAUUUAAGCCAGAAAAAAUAUACAUGUUGCCCAGUACUGGUAGAGUUUAUCACCCUGCUGAUGACAAGUAUGGCGGAGUAGGGUUAAUCAAAUCAAAGUUAGCCAUCGAGUUUAGUAAAAACUUUGAAUUUAAUGAUGAAAAUUUGCAGGGGCCUAGCCACUUCAAGUGGGAAAAUAAUACUUACGAACUGGAUCAGAAUUGGUUUCAGGAACAAGUUACGAAACAUAAUUUAGUUAUAAGGUCUGAAAUGGACUGAAAAUAAGUUUGUAAAUAGAGAUAAGAAUUACCAAUGUGAUGUAAGGAUCUACUUGUCUCUUAGCAUAUCUUCUUAGCAUAUUUUAAUAAUGCUCUGACUGCUAGUCUUUACAUUUGUGAUAUUACUUAUAGUUAGAUAAAACUUGAU